UUCAGGGUCCGAGAGUGCAGACCUGUAAUGCGCCUCCUGUUUGUCCGCGUCUUGGCAGCCGCCGCGCGGUUGCGGCACAGGGGGAGAAGAGCGGGGCUGAUAAAGUGCGUCCGCCUGGAGGGGUGGAGAGAAGGACAGACACAGACAGAGGGCAGGACUGCCAGGGUGCGGCUGCUUCAGUAGCAUCUGAGCUCGGGUCACUUCCAUUUCCACAGCGCAAAAGUCAAACAACCGAGCCGGGAGCCAGAAACCGCUGCGGGGACGCGCACUCUGACCGCGGCUCUGCGCAACCAGGACCCGCCUGCAGACGACUCUCAGCGCGUGUGCCAAGAUAAACGGAACUUCUCUAUUUAUUCCCCCUGUCUCCGCUUGGACUGCGAGAAAGCGACUUUUACAGACCUGAGAGGAGGACCGAAGGUCUGGCAACCGAAGUCACUAUCGACAGAGCCCUGUGUCUGCCGGGGUGUCUUUCCUUGCGCAAAGGGAUGGCGAGCGCCAGGUGUCCUAAUAGACUGGUCCUCCUCCCCCUCCGGUGAUCUUGCUCGGGGUCUGAAGCUGAGAUUGGGGGGAGGAGGGUCGCUUUAUCGUCAUCUUCACCGUCUUUGACACUCCAUCUCUCGGAGUGCCCGCUGGCACCGGUUGGCAUGAGACUCUCCACGGCGGCGGCGCUCCUCACCGGCUUCAUCUUGGCUUUUUCGCCGGCGUACGACAGCUGUGGACCGGGCAGAGGUUACGGCAAGAGACGAACUCCGCGGAAACUCACACCUCUCGCCUAUAAGCAGUUCAGUCCGAACGUAGCCGAGAAAACGCUGGGGGCCAGCGGGAGAUAUGAGGGGAAGGUCACCCGCAGCUCCGAGCGCUUUAAAGAGCUGACGCCAAACUACAACCCGGACAUCAUCUUCAAGGAUGAGGAGAACACAGGUGCGGACCGCAUGAUGACGCAGCGCUGCAAGGAUAAGCUGAACUCUCUGGCCAUUUCUGUGAUGAACCUGUGGCCCGGUGUGCGUCUGCGUGUGACGGAGGGCUGGGAUGAGGACGGCCAUCACUCUGAAGAGUCUCUGCAUUAUGAGGGCAGAGCGGUGGACAUCACUACCUCGGACCGCGAUCGCAACAAGUACGCCAUGCUGGCCCGUCUGGCCGUGGAAGCAGGUUUCGACUGGGUCUAUUAUGAAUCCAAAGGCCAUGUACACUGCAGUGUCAAAUCAGAGCAUUCAGUAGCAGCAAAAACAGGUGGCUGUUUUCCUGGACGGGCUCUGGUGACAAUGAAGGACGGUUCCCAUCGACAAAUCGUUGAUUUGCAGGCAGGAGACCUGGUUCUGGCCUCUGAGGGAAGCGAUGGGACAGGAGACCUCAUAUAUAGUGAAGUCCUCACCUUUCUGGACCGUCGCCCCAUUACCCAGAAGCACUUCUAUGUGAUCCACACUGAGGAUGGGGUCAGCGUCUCUUUAACCGCAGCUCAUUUACUGUUUAUCUGGGUUGGAAACUGCUCCAGCAAGGGGGAACCCAAACCUGGAGCUGUCCGGACGAUAUUUGCCAGCGAUGCUCAAGUGGGUCAGUGUUUGCUGCUGGGUAAACUCAGGAAGCGUUUUUCAUGGAUCACUCAUGUUGGGGUUUGGGAGGACCAGGGGUCAUACGCUCCACUUACUGCUCAUGGGACUGUAGUGGUGAACGAUGUGGUCACCUCUUGCUAUGCUGCAGUGAACAGGCAAAGACUCGCUCAUUGGGCUUUUGCACCUCUACGCUUGCUGUACAGCUGGACCGGACCAGAUCAGGUCCUCAAGAACGGCUUACACUGGUACUCUCAGGUCCUGAUCGGUUUGGGAAAACUACUGCUAGACUCAGAACUCUUUCACCCUUUGGCCUUAGAGGAUAACGAGAGAUGAAUGCAAACUGAUUUUGCAGGGAUUGGUGGAGAGAUUGGUCAAAAGACUGAUGAUCACAAGCUCAGGGUUUGUGACGUAAAAGGUCACCUUAAUGUCAAAACAACAUAAAAAACCUUCUAAACACGCAGUACACUUAAACACAGAGAGAACAUUUAAAUUAUAGGCUAAAAUAGUCGAAACCAUUUACUCCAGAGGUAAAACUGUAGAAUAUUAAAUACAUUUGUCUAUUUGUGUUUCAACAUGUAUUUUUCAUUAGAGUAAAAAAUGCAUUUUAUUUCAGAUGUGCAUAAUAACACAAUGUACUAUUAGGGUCAAAAUACAGAUUUAAAUCACAAUGCUUAAGCUGUUUAAAGAACAACAUUUAUUAAAUUAAUUGAGAAAGAUACAAUAUGCCUAUCACAGAAACUAAAAUUCGGCUGCAACCAUAGAAAAAAAUAUUCUCGCUGGAUUAGCAGGGCCAAUAAAUAAAUAAAUGAAUUUUUAGGUGGUGUAAACCUAUCGGAAAGCCAUUUGUCUACAGUGCCACCAUUUACUAGAAUUCCAUCCCGGAUUUUCCAGAAAUACGCAGUAUUAGUGAUCCAGAGAGUCUGAGAACAAGGUUGAAAUAUUACAACAACCGGUAAGAACUGCAAGCUUGUUUUUAAAUUACAAUUAUUUUUUCAAAAUAUCAUCGUUUAAUGACUAAAUGCAAUAAAUAAAAAACAGCGCUGCGACCAAAGAAUGUACAUACUGAAUAAUCCUAUGCAAUGCAUAUGAUCCUAUUAUAAUGAUCACUGCGAAUAUUAAGAACAUUAAAAAUGUCAAAAAUGGAAAUCGAUUUGAUGUCAGUUGGCCAGUGUUGCCAAAUUAGUAACAUUUGUAGCUAUAUUUAGCGACUUUUCAGACCCCCCUAGUGACAAAUUUUCAAAACAGUGACUAGCGACAAAUAUAGCAACUUUUUUUGGUGUUACUGGAGAUUUUUAUAGACUCGUGUGUCUGUACUGUACCGUUCUUACUCUUCUCAAUGAUCUGCUUCACCUUUGUUUGAAAUUUACCAGUUUAAUUUGACCGUUUAAUCUUUUCUUGUUCACAAUCAGAGAUAUUUAGUGAUGAGUUCAUUACGUCUGCAAAUUCACAUCUAUACUUAUAUACAGUAUUCAAACAGCAAUAAGUUAUUUAAAUCAGUUAAACUGACGUGCAUACAUAAAGCAUAGUGCAGAUAUAAAUACCCCUAUAUUAACCAUAUGCUGUUAAACAAACAGAAACUGUUGGACGUGAUGACGUCAGUGAUAUGCAAAUUAACACAUGGCGUAAUCUAGCGACAUUUAGCAACUUUUCAGGCAGAACUUUGCGCCUUUUCAUUUAAAAUAGUUGACAACACUGCAGUUGACCACCUAGAUGUCAAAAGGACAUCAAAUUGACAUCAAGCAUGACGUCAAAAAACAUCCACACAUUGAUGCCUCUUUGACUAUCAAAAUAAUGACACAAAAUGUAUUAUGUAUAGGGAAACGUUUCAUCCAUCUGAACGCUUCAAUUCCAAAUUCCAAUUUUACACUACAUUUUGUGUCCCGAUAAUGCAUGCAAACCGUGAUGUCAAAAUGGCAUCAAAUUGACAUCUACUGGCAACAGGACUGUCCUGUCAAUUAGAUUUGUUAGAUGUCAGUUUGAUGUCUUUUUAACAUCUAAAUAGGCAAUUGACAUCAAAUCAAUGAGCAUUUUUGACAUUUAAUAAUGUGUUUUUUUAUGUUGUUUUGACAUGAAGGUGCCCGCUGGGUUAGUUUAACCUGAAAUGAAAACUUGGUCCAUUUACAUUUACAUUCAGGUCAUUGGUUUGGAACAAAAAUGACAAUAUUUUUAAUAAAAUCUAAGAGAUUUCUUUGAGAGUCUGUUCACCCAAAACUCAAAACAUGAAAUAUUCAAGAAGAGAUGAACAAAACAUGUAUACUUAGUCAAGUGGUUUACAGUCAUUAAGAGAGAAACAUUCUACUAAUAAGCAGAGUGCAAAUUAUACAUAGACCAUUGGGGGGGGGGGCAACUUUUUCAGUAGCCUAAUGUUAGUUUGUGCAAUACAUGCUGAAUCAAAUGUAAGUAUUUCUUUAAAUUACAUCUAAUUUAUUAACAAAACUGUAUUGUAAGUUUUCAGAGGGAUAUUUUCUGUAUUCUGCCCUACAGUAUCCUCUGAUUAGCUGUAAUAGUAGUAACUGUAGGUCGAAUUAAACAAACUAUGAAUUUAAUUUGACUUUAUGUGCUGUAUGUAGAAACAUACUAUUUUACGAGAAGUCUUUUGAACACUUAUUGUAAGACUAUCAGUGGUCCACAUCUGCAGUUUCAGACUGUUCGAUGAAUAUUUUCCUGCGUAGACUGAUUGGCUCGAUAAUGCAUUUACAAUGGUAUGAACCAUUGUAGGGGUGGUCAAAUGUGUGUUUAUAUUAUUUAUUAUUUUAAUUAUUAUUUAAAAUACAGAUGAGAGCGAACUAUUUCUCAAUUUUAAAUGGAUGAACCUCCCAUACAUCUUGUUUUGAUGUCCUUCAUGGGGGAUUCGAGCAUUAUUUAAGGGGGUCAGUCCCCCCCAAACACCCCUGUAAUUCGCACCCUGCUUAUAAGUAAUUUAUCUGUUUAUACAGAAGCUAGAAAAGUAGUUAACAUCCAAAAAUGAUGUACAAUACCUUUUAACUGUAAAAAUGAACAGAUUACAAAGUGACCUCUUGUCUUGCGUCUUCCUAUGAGAGACCAAACUUAAUCUGUGCCUGAUGUUUGUUCUUCAUAAUCCAGUCUCUUUCCUCAUUAGAUUGCCAUUAGUCUUAAAACAAUCUGUUGAAUUAAUUACAGAAAUGUGCUUUGUGAUAUCAUCAAGUAAUAUAAGGUAUUCAGGUAAAGUAUUUAAAACUCUAUUUUUGAAAUUAAACUUUAUACAAAUUAUUUAUUUUGUCUCACAUAUGGUCUUUUUGACUGUUGCCGUCUCUUUAAUUCAUUUAUUUCUUAUCUGCUGGAUGUCUUCCCUUUGUUAGAGUUUUCUAUUUUAUGUGGUACUUGUAAUAAAAACAAAUAACCUCAAUACUGGAUUCUAUUUGAAUGUUUAAGCCUUUUAACUUAGAUUAUAUUAAUAUAACGCAUGAGAAGCACGUUUAUGUUAUAUU